ACCACUGAGUCACCACUCACUGAGUGGCCGAUUCCAAAUUGAAUUCUUCUCAGAAAUGGAUGCUUUAAUCUGUUUGCCAAUCGGAAACAGACUGAUGAAUCGUUCUAGGAGAAGAAGUUUUGUUGCUGCUGGAACAGCCGUUUCUUCUUCAGUCCUCAUCCUGUCUAAGAAGAAGACAAUUCCUUACUCAUCAUCAAAAUCAAUUCACAAAACCUAUUUAUAUCUUUGUGAUUCUACUCUAUUGAAUCAAAGUGUUGUUUCUUUGAUUCAAUGUGCAUCCUCAUCUCAUGAGGAACACAACCACUGUCAAAAUAAUCUUGAUCACCACCAUCACCACCACCACCACCACCAUCAUUGUUGUGGUGGAGGAUCUUCGGAGCUGAGCAAUUCUCAGAAAGCAGUUGUUAAUUUUGCUAAAUCAAUUGGAUGGGCUGACUUAGCUGGAUUUCUCCGUGAGAAUUUACUGCUUUGCUGUUGUUCUGUAGCUUUGCUUCUAUGUGCUGCUGUUUGCCCGUAUUUGGCGCCUAAAUCAGAUGUUAAGCUUCUUCAGAAUGCCUUUAUUUCUAUCGCGUUUCCUAUCGUUGGGGUUUCAGCGGGACUUGAUGCUGCGAUUGACAUUGCGGCUGGAACAGUAAACAUUCAUGUACUUAUGGCUCUUGCAGCCUUUGCAUCAGUGUUCAUGGGGAAUGCUAUAGAAGGAGGCUUACUUCUUGCAAUGUUCAACUUGGCUCACAUUGCUGAAGAAUAUUUCACUAGCCGCUCAUUGGUUGAUGUUAAAGAGUUAAAGGAUGGGCAUCCAGAUUUUGCUCUCGUUGUGGAGAUGAAGGGUGACACACUACCUCAUUUCUCCGACUUGGCGUACAAACAAGUCGCUCUGCCUGACGUGGAAAUCGGUUCAUAUGUCUUGGUCCGAGCUGGCGAGUCUGUUCCAGUUGAUGGCAAAGUUUCGCAAGGGAGAUCAACAAUUACAAUUGAGCAUUUGACUGGUGAAGCUAAACCUGUAGAGAUGAAAGUUGGGGAUAGGAUCCCUGGUGGUGCAAGAAACUUGGAUGGUAUGAUGAUAGUGAAGGCGACGAAAACAUGGAACGAGUCAACAUUGAACAGGAUUGUGCAGUUGACUGAAGAAGCACAGCUGAAUAAACCAAAGCUACAAAGGUGGCUAGACGAAUUUGGAGAGCAUUACAGCAAGGUUGUAGUUGCGCUGUCUAUUGGAAUUGCUAUCCUUGGACCAUUUUUAUUUAAGUGGCCCUUCAUUGGCACAUCAGUUUGCAGAGGAUCAGUUUACCGGGCAUUGGGGUUUAUGGUCGCGGCAUCACCAUGUGCGUUAGCAGUAGCUCCUCUGGCGUAUGCCACUGCAAUCAGUGCUUGCGCAAGUAAGGGAAUAUUACUGAAGGGUGGACAUGUAUUUGAUGCUCUAGCAUCCUGUAACAUGAUUGCUUUUGAUAAAACUGGAACACUGACUACUGGGGAGCUUAUGUGCAAAGGGAUUGAGCCUAUUCAUGGACAUCGGGGAGUGUUUAGAUCGAAAGGUGCUUGUUGUAUGCCUAAUUGUGAAAAAGAAGCUCUUGCUGUAGCUGCUGCAAUGGAAAAAGGGACUACUCAUCCUAUUGGAAGAGCUGUUGUGGACCACAGCAUGGGGAAAGAUCUUCCUUCCAUGUCCAUCGAAAACUUUGAAUCGUUGCCUGGUAGAGGUCUCUAUGCAACAUUGGCAGGCGUUGAGUCAGGAACAAGAAAUGGGAAACCGUUGAAGGCUUCACUUGGUUCAGUAGAGUACAUUGCCUCACUGUUUAACUCUGAGGAUGAGUCGAAGAAGAUAAAGGAGGCUGUGAGCACAUCUGCCUUUGGAAGUGACCUUAGACAUGCAGUUUUAUCUGUUAAUAGUAAGGUAACACUAUUUCAUUUUGAGGAUAAGCCUAGACCGGGUGUUGCAAGUGUAAUAUCUGAGUUGAAAGAUCAUGGGAAGCUUCGUGUGAUGAUGUUAACCGGUGACCAUGAAUCAAGUGCUUCUAGGGUUGCAAGUACUGUUGGUAUUAGUGAAGUGUACAGCAACCUGAAGCCUGAAGAUAAGCUUAAUCAAGUGAAAAAUCUUUCAAGAGGUGGGGGUUUGAUUAUGGUUGGUGACGGGAUCAAUGACGCACCAGCACUUGCUGCUGCUACUGUAGGCAUUGUGCUUGCUCAACGGGCCAGUGGAACAGCUGUAGCUGUGGCAGAUGUUCUUUUAUUGCGGGACGAUAUUUCUAGCGUACCAUUUUGUAUUGCUAAAGCCCGUCAGACAACUAUACUGGUCAAGCAAAGUGUGGCGCUCGCACUUGCAUGCAUAAUAUUGGCCGCUCUUCCAUCUGUUCUGGGUUUUCUCCCACUUUGGUUAACGGUUCUUCUGCACGAAGGUGGUACACUUUUUGUUUGCCUAAAUUCUAUCCGUGCCUUAAACAACCCCACUUGGUCCUGGAAGCAGGAUUUCAAAGCUUUCAAAUCAUCUUUAGCUAGGCUGUUGAGGAGACAGCCAAUUUCAAAUACCGUACAAGCUAUAACUCUGUAGUUUAAUAGUCUCUUUUUACGUUGCAUUUCUCACAUAGCUAUAUCAAUGUAAGUAGAUAAUAGAUGUGAGAAAUUUGUGCAUAACUCCUCCUUGUCUGUUGUAUCAUUUUAUCCUGUACAUAAUUCUAGCUGUCCAGAUUAUCUUUCGGAAGUCAUUUACUUCCUAAUCUGUGUAAAGGCCCAUUUUUACUGUACCAAGGACAGAGUACAUGGAUAUUUUUCAAUGGAAGUCAUGUUACCUUGAUGAUACUA